AUGAUUCGCACACUCGUUGCAUUCGUUCCACUCCGCUGCUUAAAAGAGAGCUUCGGAAGUUUAUACAUACAGUAACUAGACAGCGCGCAGAGUAUCUAGACGCGAAAUAGGCUGAAUACAUUAUCGUAGGAAGCUUCAUCCAAGGUGUGAUCAAGUAACGUGUUUUGCUAAGAGAUUAUCAUAAUGGCGGACCGAUUGAAACAAUACAUUGAUGAUUACCAAAAUGCAGUGGCUAGAGACUUGAAUAAGUACGACAAACUGAAAGAUAUGGAUAUCUUCGUUCUCGACAACUCUAUGCGAGAGAGCACUGUUGGCCAACUUAGAGGUCAUUCGAUUGAAAACAAACGCGCUAUCUUUAAUGAAGUGAAGAAAUGUGGUUUCCAGCAUACCAUCAUAGCCUCGUUUUCACACAUGGCGCGGGUCGAUGAUAUAUGGAUGAAAAUGCUGAUAGAUGAAGGCGAAGACCCUGAUUAUCUAUGGGCGUUCUCUGAGGUGACGGUAGGUGCUAAAAAGGAUCGCACUCCUGACACCGAAAAGAUGCCAAUUGGAUUGCGAAAGAUAAAGGAAGGAGGGGUACGCAAUGUCUUUUUUGAGCUCGACCUUGGUGACGCGACGUAUGACUUCAAUCUUUUCUCCGUUUAUAAGAUGUAUCAAUUAACGCGGAAGUGGAUGAGCUGGUGUUACGAAAACCUUCAUUCAAAAUCAAAAAUCUUGCUUAACAUUCGAGAUAUUGAAGAAGUGAUGGAGACCCAUCCUGAACGUGUGAUUGAGUUUGUGGAUUUGAUUUCAACGAUGCCCAAUAAACAACGUCCCUUUGGUCUCGCUUUUGAAGAAACCGGGAAAUCUUUGCCUGAAGAAUGCGGACAUUGGGCGAGGAUCAUUCGUAAGAUUAUGGAUGAUAACGACUAUAAGGGACAUCUGCUUGUACAUGUACACGAGAAAUAUGGCUACUGUGAUGCCAUAGCUUUGGAGUGUCUGAUCGGUGGAUGCGAUGGCAUCUGGGCAGGCGUGUGUGGGGAAGGGGCGUCUAUGGGUCAGGCGUCCUCCUGCGUUACCCUUAUGAACAUGAUUCGUCUCGGCAACAAAAAAAUACUGAAGCAAUACAACUGCGAUAAUUUACGUAAAGCAGCCAUUGAAGUGACGAAGAUAUCGACGGGGAAACCACCUCAUGAUAAACAACCAGUGUUUGGUAAGAGAGCCCUCGAUUAUGUCUAUCAUUUGAACAAAGAUGAGUUUCAUUUGGCUGAUUUCUUUGGUGUUGAAGCUCCCGUUAGAAUCACAACAUUGUCGUCACCGGAUAUGAUUCGAACGAGAUUGGUUCAAUUGUUUGGAGACGAUCCUCACUUUACCUUGGACAUCGCACUCCGGAUGAAAGAACUUAUGCUUGAAGAUCUUCGAUCAGACAAGAGAGUAGAAUACAUGAGCAAGUUCGGGAUAGCUGUCUUGUUCGACCGAGCUGGCGGGUCUUUGACUGAGUCGAUGCGUAACAAGAUAACAAGUGGAAACGAGACUGGGCCACAUGCUCAAUUCCUUAUUGGAGAAAUUCGUAAAGUUUGGGAUGAAUUGGAUAGUCGUGAGGAAGGAGUGGGGGAUAAUAUGCUUCAAUUUGAUUCGUUCUACCAUGGUUUUAUGGCUCAGUACUUUUCCUCCUAUCGCUCUUUGGAUUCUAAAAAAGCAUUGCAGGCUCUGGAUAUGGACUCUGAUGGGAUGAUAGACUGGGACGAAUUCCUAGUAUAUCUGACGUGGGCUGCGAACGAGUUCCCGAAAACGGAAACACCCGAAGAACUGUUGGCGAUUGCCUUCACGGAAGCAAUAAUUCCGGCGAGUAGAGACGAAAUGAUCGACGAAUCAGACCUUGCGAACUAG